CCCGCCCUUUCCCUUUCCCCUACACACUUUACCGCAGGCUUUGUCUCGUCUAAGACGUCUGUGGCCGGCUUUGUUGCCACCCCAUCAUCCAUCCUUCCCCCACGCACCACUCCUCCCCUACCGCCACCAUGCCAUCGCUAAAGAGAGCCCUCAACAAGCUGAAGACGGGCUCCAGCAGCCAGCCCAACACCGACGACGAAAAGUCGCUCAAGAGCCCCCAGCCCAAUGGCCAAUCCCCCAUUGCCUCGCCCAUAUCCUCUCCGCGCAGCAGUGGUAUGUUUGGCCGCAGCAGCGGCACCUUCGACCGUCGCGAGGCCCGCGGCAGUGGCACCUUCGAUCGCACCAACCACCGCAACAGCACCUUCUCUACCGGCGCCUCGCACAGCCCCAUCCGCGCCGUCCGCGAGAAGCUGCACCUCAUCCACGAUGACGACUCGGACUCGGGAGACGUGCCUCUCAACCGCGAAGGCGAGCCCAUGAGCAAGGCGCAGCAGAAGAAGCACGAAAAGCAGGCCGAGGCCGAGAAGCACAAGAGAGAAGCCGAGGAGCGGCAAGAGGCUCAGCAGCAGAAGAGGCGGGAAAUGGAACAGCGGGCCAAGAAGGAGGAAACGCCAGAGAUGAGCGCCAAGUACGGCGUCCUUCCCGUGAACAUGUACGCGACCGACCGCGAGCAUGUGGACCGCUACAACAUCAUGGACCUGUCCCCGGAGCAGGUCGGCAAAGAAAUCGUCUUCAGGGCACGUAUCCACCACAUCCGGAAGAUGAGCGCACAUCUGGUCUUCUUCGUCUUCCGCCAGCAGACAACAACCGUACAAGGAGUACUGCACGAGCAUGCUCAUAUCUCUCCCCACUUUGUUUACUGGGCCGAGCAUCUAGACGCCGAGUCGGUCGUCCUGGUCAAGGGUAUCAUCCAGGAGCCCAAGGCUAAGGAGGGCGCCAUCAAGAGCACCACCAUCCACAAUGUCGAGAUCUCUGUGCACGAGCUUCACGUCGAAGGCAAGGUCACCGAGUCCCUUCCUUUCAAUGUGGCCGAAGCCGAGGUUUCCAAGGCCGAGACCGAAAAGGAGGGCGAUACUCGCGUCAGAGUGUCCGACAGGACUCGGUUGUCGAACCGCAUCAUCGAUCUUCGUACGACCACAUCCCAAGGCAUCUUUCGCAUCCAGUCUGGCAUCUGUAACCUUUUCCGUUCCUACUUGGACUCCCAAGGGUUCAUCGAAAUUCACACGCCAAAAUUGCAAGGUGGUGCGACCGAGUCUGGCGCUAGUGUCUUCAAGAUCGAUUACUUUGGUCGCCCUGCAUUCCUGGCCCAGUCCCCUCAGUUGGCCAAGCAGAUGUGUAUCUCUGCCGACUUCGGCAAGGUCUACGAAAUUGGUGCCGUGUUCCGUGCCGAAAACAGCAACACUCACAGACACAUGACUGAAUAUACCGGUCUCGAUCUUGAGAUGGCCAUUGACGAACAUUACCACGAAGUGCUACGCGUUCUUGACAACACCUUCAAGCACAUUUUCAAGGGUGUCUAUCAACACUACCGGCACGAAAUCGAUGUCGUUAAGCGCCAGUUCCCGCACGAGGAUCUCGUAUGGGCAGACCAAACUCUCCGGCUGACCUUCGCUGAGGCCAUCAAGUUGCUCAACGAGUCUGGCUGGAGGGACGAGAACGGCGACCCGCUUCCGGAAAAUGAAGACAUGGGCACGAAGGAUGAAAUCCAACUCGGCAAGGUCGUCAAGCAGAAGUACGGCGUUGACUACUACAUCAUCGACAAGUUCCCGACUUCCGCAAGACCUUUCUAUACCAUGCCUGACCCCAACAACCCUGAGGUUACCAACUCCUUCGAUAUCUUCCUCCGUGGCCAAGAAAUACUGUCUGGUGGUCAGCGUAUCCAUGAUGCAGACAUGCUAGUGAAUAACAUGGAGAAACAGAAGAUGGACCCCAGAACAUUGGAGGAAUACGUGCAGGGCUUUGGAUGGGGCGCUCCCCCUCACGGAGGUGGAGGCAUUGGUCUUGAGCGUAUGCUCAUGCUCUUCCUUAACUUGGGCGAUAUCAGGCACGGUUCUCUCUUCCCUCGCGAUCCCAGGAGUUUGCCCGCAAAGGCGCCUGUGAAGCAGCUGCGGCAUCCUGAAGCAAGCACCAUGCAUCCGCCAUGGGAAGGCCAGGAUCGCGCCGCUGCCGCCAUCGACUUCCAGCCCAUCGAGAAGCUCAUUGCCAACUAUGGUGAUGCAUCCAACACUUCGUGGUUGGAAGAGCGCACGCAGAUCUGGCGUGACGAAUACACCGGCGCUGCUGUUGGCUACGUGCCCCAGGGUGACUAUGCUAUUACCGUUGGCGACCCCCUUUGCCACCAAUCGCAGUACACUAAGAUCAUCUCCGGAUACCUGCGCUUCAUCAAGAGAGAGCGUAACCUCAAGCCUCUCUGGCUACUCUGUGGUCCCGAUGUGGAGGAGGCACUCGCGACGCGCUUCAACUGGCGGACCUUCUCAGUUGCUGCCGAACAACGUCUUGAUCCGAGCAACAACCCAGCUGCCCAUGACCAUGACCUGCAGCGCAAGAUCCGUCAUGCGGAAAAGGAGGGUGUCAAGCUUCACGACUUCCCUCUCGGAUCGCCGCCACCGCGGGAUGUUCGUGAGAAGAUCGAUCAGCGCAUCAAGGAUUGGCUGGCCAAUCGCAAGGGCAAGCAGGUCCACUUGACAGACAUCCACCCAUGGCAGGACAUGGAUCAUCGCCAGUACCACUACGCUGUUGACAAGGAUGGCACCAUCGCCGCCUUCGUUGCCAUGGCGCAACUUAGCCCCGACCAUGGCUGGCAGGUCAAGUACUCGCUUGACUUCCCCGGUGCUCCUUCUGGCGCUAUCGAGCACAUUGUUACGCACGCCCUCAAGGCUGUGGCGGCUACUGGUUCGACCAACGUCACGUUUGGUGGUGGUGCUAGCCAGCGCUUCACGCCUGGUCACAACAUGAAGAAGCCUCGCGUCAAGGUUUUGAGCCGUGCUUACCAGGCCAUUGCCACCGAGCUCAAGCUCACCAACAAGAGCGAGUUCCGUGAGAAGCUCGGUGCUCACGAAGACCCGGUCUACAUCUGCUACCCACCCCAUGGUCUGGGCCCAAUGGGAGUGAAGGCUAUUAUGAGCUUCUUUGAGGAUGACGAGUAAAGGAGCAAAGAAAAGCAAAGCAGAGUGACAUCCAAUGACUGAUUUCUGCCAAUAGGUCAGAUGAAGCGCGGGUCUCAGAAGCAGAUCGAAUGGGUGGAACUGCUAAAGCAGCUCCGCAAGAUACCCGAUGGACGGAAACUGAUCAUGCAACGGAGCAUGUGGUCAGGAUUGACGUGUACUACGAAGAGCGGCUCCUUUUGUUUAUUGUGCUUUUUCGACUCUUCUCUUCCCCUUGAUGCAGAUUCCCCCAAGAGCGCGUUGUUAUAGUUAUGAGUGCUACGAGUAAACCCUUAAUUCAGAUAUUAGAAAGCUUGAGCUGCG